GCCGAAAUCGAAUCUGGUUACAGGCCCUGCUUCAUUGAUCCCGGGAGAAAAGACGUCUUCACAGCAGCGAUCGGGCUGGAUGAUGAAAAGCACCAAGUGCGAAGAUGCUCUACCAAAGAGUACUAUCACAUAACUGGUAGCACCAGGUACUCUGCAAGGCUAGAGAAGAAGAAAGCGGACAAAAUCAAGGGCAUCGAAAGUGAUAUGCCAACUGCCAAGACAGGCUCCAAAGCCCAAUAUCACUGUUAUGCAGAAUACAUCCUACAGCACUUGGAAGUCUUGUUUUCUUUCUACGGUGAUGAUACUGCCAAAGAUCGAUUUCAUUUAUACCAAGGACGGAAACGUGCAGCAGACAAAAUGGUAAAUAUGCUAGUUAAUGGUAGUACAAAGUAUAAUGGGGAUCUCAGAUUGAAGAAGAGAGACAACAAAGAAAAGAAGGGCUCAAAGAAGAAGAACAAUGGCAAAAAAGACGAAAAAAAAAAAAGAAAGGAGUAGUAGAGAAAAAGA